CCACCAACAAGUCAAGAUGAUAGCCAUCAAACAAGCAAACACUGAAUUCAACCCACAGGAACAACUACUCAAACGAAAACACAUUCAAGAAUCAGCCCAACUGAUUUCCAAGAAUCCAUUCCCUUCACUUUCCACAUACUUCACUCUAAUCAGCCGACAACAACAAGCCCAAACAGCUAUCAACCAAGCCACUCUCACUGAUCGCCAUCAACAUCAUCAUCAUCAAUUCAUUCACACUAGGAUCAGAUGGUGUGACAGAUGUCUGGCCUCUUGCUCGAUCAGCGUCAAGAUGAAAACUCACCAAGUCCUACUCACCUGUCAAAGACCGACUUGUCGAAAACGGUUCAUCCAACCUCUGUCAACUUGGUCGAGGGUCGACCAACCAUCUGAAAGCCUGAUAAAGGAACAGCCACCACCGACCAAUAAGAAACUGAAAACGGAGACAGAAACCAGUCAUCCUCCCCAACCAACAACGGGAAAUUCCACCUCACUAGAGAAGACCAAAUCGUCCUCCUCCAAAAAAUCCAAGAAUCGUCCUUCUCGAUCAGCCUUGAACGAUCUUCUGGCUCGUCGGAAACAGGCAGAUGAGCAGGCGAGCUCUAAGAAUAACUUACAAAACUUUUUGACUCAGUUGUAAAUGAGACCUCUUUAAUCAACCUGACAAAAUCAAUUUGUCUGGUCUGCCACACCGAUCAAUUCCAA